AUGGCGAUUUUUACAGUUUUAGACCAAGCUGAGGAAGACAAACUCCAUGCGACGCGGCUUCUAGGUAUCGAAGAGCGGCCCUUCAAACGGGUAUCUAAACGCCUUCUUGCCCCCACUACUCCUAUAACCUCUUUCUUGUCGCGACUGAGCCCGUCAGACGACGACGCAGCGACCGCAGAACUGUCUGGGGACGAACAUGAGAACUUCCUCCAAUCCUUGACACGCUUUCGCGAGGACGUGAUCCUCGACUUCGCAGCCUUUGAAUCCGCUAUCGCCCGCACAGGAUUCCUCCGCGCUGCAAACACCCGCGAGCGCGACCGCUAUGCCUCUGAAAAGCUCAAGAUUGAACAAACUGCCAACGAUGUGCGAGAGAACUUGUCACAUCUGAGAGUACAACUUGAUGAGGCGCAGAAGACUCUAGCGGUUCGAAAAACCUAUGAUGUGCUAGCGGAGAAGAUCACCCGAGAUGAAAAAUUGAAAGUCACGAGAGCCGAACAACAUAUGAAUCUCGAAAAACUCAAGGCCGAAAUCGAGGAGUUGGAACGUGAAAGCACGGAGUUGAAGGUCGCUUGGGCCGAGAGAAGGGAGCAGUUUGAACGAGUCAUGCACGAGGGAACGAGGCUGCGGAGGGUGAUUAGAGACGAGAAAGAGUCAGACCCAGAUGGCGACAAGGAUGACGCAGACCAAGAGCGGGAAAGAGAGGGUGACGAAGGGGAGAGGGAAAGAGACGGGCUCUCUACGGUUGGGACACCCAGACCUAUAGAUGACGCGCCAACGCCCUUGCCAGCUGGGCUCAGAGGAAGCGGCGUGCUGACACCUCGGUCGAAUCCGCUAGAUGGACCUGGUACCGGAGGAGGGGCUACGCCGCAGCGGGCCGACGAGGACGUUGAUAUGCAUGGAAACGCAGGGUUGUCUUUCGCGGGGGCCGGCAGUGUCAAGGACGCCGCAGGCACAGCUCUUGAGAACGCUACAGACGACAUGGACACAACUUAG